GCGGGGCUUGCGCGCGGGGGUGGGAUCGGCGGGCGCGGAUGGCGACGGUGCGGGGCCUCUGAGCGGGCCGGGGCCAUGAGUGCCGCCCGGCCCCAGUUCAGCAUCGAUGACGCUUUCGAGCUGUCCCUGGAGGACGCGGGCCCUGGACCCGAGUCCAGCGGGGUCGCCCGCUUCGGGCCGCUGCACUUCGAGCGCCGGGCCCGGUUCGAGGUGGCCGACGAGGACAAGCAGUCCCGGCUGCGCUACCAGAACCUGGAGAACGAUGAGGAUGGAGCCCAGGCCUCUCCGGAGCCGGAUGGGGGAGCCAGCACCAGGGAUUCUGGCCGAACAUCCAUCCGCAGCUCCCAGUGGUCCUUUAGCAACAUCAGCACCAGCACUCAGCGCUCCUACAAUGCCUGCUGCAGCUGGACUCAACACCCUUUGAUCCAGAAGAACCACAGGGUAGUGCUGGCCUCCUUCCUGCUCCUCCUGCUGGGGCUGGGUGAGUGCCCCCGAGGGCCCCCUGCAUACCCUGCCUACCCCCAUGAGGGGGGUCCACCCUCCUUUCGUUCAGGCUCUGCAUCGCACCCCCCUUGGCACACUGAGCCUCCCAGCAUCCUGAGGAGGCAGCUGGCUGCCGUGACCCCACCCCCAUUUUACAGCCUGUUUAAUCCAUCAGGGAACAGAGAGUAACAGCUACUAUUUAUUCUCUGUCUACUUCGAGCCAGGUGCAGGGCAGGCUUAUUUUCCUUCCGUACAGAGGUCACACAGCAAGUGAGAGGUAGGGCCACAACCCAGAACCUGUAUGUAGGGGCAGUGCUCAGGGAUAUGCCCAGCCCAGUGGCCAGGACUGCGGAGUGCCCUGCCAGCCCAAUCCACAGGGCACCUGUCACUUCCCCUCGUCUGGAGUCUGAGAGCUGACAAGGACCUCUCUCCCACCCCCAAGAUACUCAAGAUAGGGAAACUGAGGCCCAGAGCAGGCGGAAACCACAGCCAGCUGUUUUCUGACUCCUACGCUCCUCAUUCUGUGGGGCUGAGGAGUCAGGGUCUCCAAAAGGGAUCUAGGGUUGGGAUCAAGGGGAGCCCCUAGGGAGGGCCCAACUGUGGCGCCUGCCUGCCCUCCUCCAGGAGGGUCAGAGUCCCCUAGCUGGAAAGCUGAGCAGCACCCUUGCUUCAGCUCUGGGUGUCUGUGUGCAGGGGAGGGAGCUGCGGCUUCCCCAGCACCUGCGAGUUGCACUGGCCGCCUGCCUUAUCUCAUUUCAUCCUCAGCACCUGACAGGGCAAGCAUUAUUACUAUCCCAGUUCAAAAGUAAGGACACAGACUCUGCAGAAGAGCCACAGCUGGGAAGUAGAUGAGCUGGGAUUUAAACCCACAUCAGUGACGUUGCCAGGCCUGUGGGCCACCAUAGCCCAUAAAGGCCUUUGGCAGGAAUUAGAAAAAGAUGCCUCCUCUGAGUGGGCAGAGCCCACAGCCCUAAGCCAGGGUACAGGGAGUGAGUUUCAGCCCCCACUGUACCCUUUUUGAAGUGCUCUGUGCAGGGCACAAACCACACAACAGUCCAUGGUGGCCCUUCAAGCCUCUGUGCUGUACGGCCCCCCAUCUACCCCCACCAUCCCAUCCUCUAACUGGGGACCCAGAACUCUCUCUGCGUCUGAAAAAGUGAUCCAGCUAUGACCACCCCAGCUUCCCCAGUGCCCACUGUCCUUAGCCAAAGUCCACAUCCCUCCCCAGGGCCUACAGAUCCUGCCAAACUCCUCAAGCCUGGACUCUUGCCUCUCCUGUCUCGCCAAAAACUGGAAGUUCCUAGAAAGCUCCAAGUUCCCU